AAUACAGUGAAGCGGUGAGACGUGGCGUUACGUCGGCGUUUGCGCAGUUACCCGGAUCAAGAACGCAAUACUAAGGUUGGGGAAGGCUUCUGAAGAGAAACCAUCAGAAAAGAAGAGUUUUAAUUGCAGGUGAUGUGUCAUAGCUCCCAUGAACGCACGUCGUCGCCACGGUUCUAAAAGUAGCCAGCAGGGGGCAUACUUCGGCCCUUCCCAGACUCAAACGCUGCUGAGCGACCAGCCAGAACCGGCUUUUGUGUCCCCUGCUGUGGCUGCACCAUCCCUGUCCCUCCCACCCGUGGACACGAGCAGAAUGUCUUGCCGAGAUCGGACGCAGGAGUUCUUGUCCGCUUGCAAGUCUAUCCAGAGUCAGCAAAAUGGGUUCCAGGCCAACAAACCAGGUCACAGUCCUCUCAGGCAACGCAGUGACUUCACUCUUAUGGCGAAGAAAAUCGGGAGAGACCUCAGUAACACAUUUGCCAAAUUGGAAAAACUCACAAUGUUGGCCAAGAGGAAAUCACUGUUUGAUGACAAAGCAGUUGAGAUCGAAGAGCUCACUUACAUCAUCCGGCAGGACAUCAGUAGCCUGAAUAAGCAGAUAGCCCAUCUGCAGGAGCUGAUUCGCUCUCGGGGCAGCCAGAAUGGCAAGCAUCUCCAGACUCACUCCAACACCGUCGUCGUCUCCCUGCAGUCGAAACUGGCAUGUAUGUCAAAUGACUUCAAAUCGGUCCUGGAGGUGAGAACAGAGAACCUUAAACAGCAGCGAAGUCGUAGGGAGCAGUUCUCGAAUGCCCCAGUUUCUACGGCAACCGUGCACGCUAGGAACUUCGAUGGUUCUCUGUUGAUGCAAGAUGAGCCAAAGAAGCCUGCAGACGUCUCCAUAGAGAUGGAUUCCCGCGCCAACCAUCAGCUUCAGCUGGUCAACGAACAGGAGUCCUACAUCCAGGACCGAGCAGACACCAUGCAGAACAUCGAGUCCACCAUUGUGGAGCUGGGCUCGAUCUUCCAGCAGCUUGCCCACAUGGUGAAGGAGCAAGAGGAGACAGUGCACAGAAUCGAUGCGAACGUGGAGGACACCCAGCUGAACGUGGACGCCGCCCACGGCGAGAUCCUCAAGUACUUCCAGUCGGUCUCCUCCAACCGCUGGAUGAUGAUAAAAAUCUUCCUCAUCCUCAUCAUCUUCUUCAUCAUCUUUGUUGUCUUCCUCGCCUGAGUGGAAGACGUGGAAGACUGGGAGGAAUUGGUACCAAGAGAUGGACUCAGUUCUUCAUGCAGAACCAGGUGGUCAGGUGUGUUGGGGGAGGAGGUGGGUCUGUCAGCCAGGGCUGCCUUGGCAUCAUCUUCGUUCACACUGCCCCUUAUCACUGCCAACAUUGAGAUCCUCCCUUCCAGCCCAAAACCUUCAUACUUCACACCUUGAUGCUAAUAGUCAAUCUGCCCAACUGUGAACCAAGGCUUGCAGGUUCUUCCUGUUUAUUACAUUGUAAUGAAUUAUGAAUUAUGAUCAGAGAGAGAGCAACCACCGAAUUAUUAUUAUUAUUAUUAUUAUUAUUAUUAUUAUUAUUAUUAUAAUAUAUAUAUAUAUAUAUUUUUUUUUUUGUUCUCUAAGAGUAAGACCUUUCUUAGAUUUCUUAAAGAGAUACCUUCUGAGACAGUGAGUGCCUUUAUGGGUUCAGUAUUAAAGGUUCUCUGUCGCGGUUUCCUCUCCUUUGGUCCUGGGCAGGUGUGAAGGUGUGCCCCAUCUCUGCCUUAUUCUUCCAGCGUUCUGCUGUGGUUCAUCAAACCAGAAACAAUCAAAUGUGGGCUGUUUCGUGAAGUUUUGUAUCAGACCCAUUGUUUCUGGCCAAAGAUAGCGCUGAGAUUCCUUCUUGUAUGAUUCAUGCCUGAUUUUGCCAGAUAAUUCAUGUUAUGUCAGUGUGAAUAUAUUAAUGGUUAUGCUUUUUAUUGGGACCAUUACACAGAGUGGCUUAACGUCGUUCAUAUUUUGAUGGUCCUCUAAACAUAUUGAUGGAAAGUUUCCUCUCUAAAUUUAAAUAUCUGCUCUUCUUAGCUACUGCCUGUCUGUAGAUCCUUUGGGGUUUUAUUAGUAUUCGAAGUACCCAAAAAUUACCGGUAUAUUACAAUUCCAUCAUCUAAUAUCACCACUGAACAACGUAAUAUUCAGUAUCUUUUAAGUGCUAAAACUGAACCUCUCAGGGCACAUUUGCACAACCAGCCAUGAAUCGGUCAGCUUGUUCCUGAGAAGUCAUGGUUCGCAGUGUUUUUAAUUCACCCAAACCUCUUCAACUAUAACCAACCUAUUGAUGGACAUUAAAAAGUUAGUCAGGUAUUGCGACCAAAACAUUUUUAUGACACAACCCAAGCAUUUGUAUUCAGGUGCUGGUCUCCUUGGUUCUCUGAACCAAGGUAUGGGUUUCGCUUGCAGUGUGUCCUUCCAGAAGCCGUGAAAUCGGGAGCACAUAAAAUAGACGGGACCGAAGGCUUUUCAGGAACAGGGCUAGUGACAUCUAGUCUCAUGACACACAGAGCAAUCUUUCAAAGUAAGCCACCCGUUUCACCGGGAGUCUUAUACAGAUCUAUACUUUGCCUGGAAUUGGCACUGGAUACCACCAAAAGAGAGCUUCCUGAUAAUGUUCCUUGUACUCCUGGACGGCCCAGCCUGGUUCUUGAGGUCUAGAGGACUGAAUCUUUCAGGAAACCUUUCAGUUGGCAUCUAUAUGAUACUCAGCAAGGCAACUUACCAGUAUGAUUAAUAGCUAGCUAAAACUGAGCAAAAUACUACCAAGGACCAGAGCUGGGCACUGUUGGUAGCCGUAUAAAGAGUGUGAUUGUCUUGGAAUUUGUCAUGUUGCAUCCCAUUGCACACAUCGAUAGCUACAGACGCUAGUCUGUGAUCAGCAAGACCUCCUGACCACUCCCAGUCUCUGUGCUGCCAGGGAACACAUUCUGUAAUGUUUUCAGUCGGAAUUCUGUCUUCAGGAUGAAGACAUUCUUUAAGGUUUAAUGCAUUUUGUAAUUCUAGUAAUUACUGCUGAUACUAUUAUGACUGCUUGUCACACUAUGUGUUUCUGGAAUUAUUUUAUUUAAAAAAAAAAAUAAAUUCUUUUGUUCAAGGACCCAAAAAGUAAUUAAAGCCUUGACAUUGAA